GACGGGCGGACGUACAUUUAACUCUAUCAAGUUGAAAGCUGAGUGUACAAAAAUAAUUGUUUUUGUUAUUAUUGUUUACAUUCAUGGCUGCAAAUCUCACAUAUGUGGAAUACACGUAGCUUACCAUCGACGUUAUCAGAAAUUCUUUUGAUUUCGGGUCGUCAAUCAAUUACAGGAAAAUGAUAAAGUUUUGGAAAAGCGCAGCAAAAGGUAAAACUGGUUGCCCAGUCCGUCCACCGGAAGUUUGCACAAGUUCUUUGAACAACGAUAAUUUCAAGCCUCCAUUAGACACGCUAUUAGAAGAGGAAAAUGAAGAUUACAGGAACAUAUUUGAGAAAAAAACUAAAUUAUCAUUUAGUUUACAUGAUAUUCUUAUGGAGAAACAUGCAAUGAAACAUUUUAUACAAUUCAUGGAAAAUAUAGGCAAACAUACAUUAAUCAAGUGUUGGCUGGAAUUGGAUAAUUUUAAGCAACUGGUCUCUAACUCAAUUAAUUUUAAUAAUCCAGAUAAUCACUCAAAAAUUGGCAGGACUAAAAGUUUUGAUUACCAGUGCAAUUGUGAACUCCAUGAAAAAGCAGACAUUGAGUUGCCGAGACACAGCUGGAAAGAAAAGAAAGUCAAUUUAAGUGGUAAUAGUGGUUCAAGAAAAUCAAAUGAAAAGAAUUCAACAAGUUCAUGCUUAAACUUAUCUGAGUAUGCAAACUCAAUUAGAAACUGCCAAGAAUGUGAACAUAUAAAAAGUACCACUAAUAUAACAGAAGUGGCAAUAGACUUAUUUAAGAAAUAUGUGGCUUUAGAAGCUCCAUAUCACUUAGACCUACCAGAUAAUUUAAGGAAAUCAGUUAUUUCCAAUAUUUGCAAUCCGGAUGGCAUGAUAAAAGAAGAUUGCUUUUCUCCAGUACAAGAUAUUCUCUUCAAUCAAAUUGACAAUAAUUAUUUUCAAGAUUUUACAAACAGUCCUUACUAUAUGAAAGCUCAAAUUGAUAUAUUAACAAGUGGCUCUCUAAACCUCCAAGACAUUCUGUAUAAUGAUACUAUUUUAUUCUAUUUUACUGAAUAUUUGGAACAAGAGUCCUGUAGGAUAUUAUUGGAGUUUUUAAUGGCAAUCUCACAUUUUAGAGACAAUUUGCUAAAUUGUGAAAAUCUAAAUGCAGAACAAGCACAAGCAGAUGCUAUUGUUUUGUAUGAUAAAUAUUUUUCACUUCAAGCUACAAGUCCAGUUGGAUUUGCCACUGAUGUUAGAUUACUCAUUGAAAGUGAAAUAUGUAGAGAAGGAGGACCACUAGCAACUUGCUUUGAUCUACCUUAUAAAAUUGUAUUUAAAACACUAUCAAAAUAUGUAAAAACAUUUUUAGAUUCUGAAUUGUAUUAUAAAUAUCUUUCAGAAAUGAUUCACUCAGUUGAUCAAAUGUGGUCCUCCAAUAACAGAUCUCUGUCAGAUUGUAGCAGCGAGUUUAGUAUCAGCACUCAAAACACAUUGCUAGCUAUGGGAGAUCCUGUUUUUCGGAAAAAGAAACGAAAUCACUCUGUACCUGAUAUGACAAUAGAUUCAAACCAACUGUAUAAUGCGGAUGCAUUGUGGCAAAGAAAAAGACAAGAUGGUCUAAGCCUUGGAAGAGUGAACAGUUUAGGUCGAUUUGAAUCAAAAUUUGAACCUGAUCCUGAUAAAAAGGACAAGUCAGUUCUAAAAAAAAUGGUUACUAGAUUUGUGUCAUCUACCACAUCGAAAGUUGAAGAAGAAAUGGCAUGGCAAAUUGCACACAUGAUUGUAAAAGAUGUUACAGAUUUAACUAUGGCCCCACCAGAAAAUGAUCAGAAUGGAGUAUAAGCAUGUGAUAGUUAUGUUUAAAAUUUAAUAUAUAUUUUGUAAAUGAUCUAUAACUGUAUAAAAUAAUAAAUCAAUGUAACAUGAUAA